AUGAACGUUUUGAAAAAAAUUGUAAUACCAAGAUCAAAUGUGACUGUUGGCUAUAUACUCUCUGAGUUAGAAGAAAUGGCUCGAGAGGAAUUUCAUAGAUUAAAAAAAGUAAAGGAAAAGAAGGCAAAAGGGAAAAACAAAGGAAAGAAUCCAAAACCAGAUCACGAGGGCCUAUGUCCAGUCUGUAUAGAAGAUUUAAAUAGAGAAGAGGUUAAUACUAAAGUUAAGCCUAAGCUAAUGCCAGCACCAGCUCAAGAGGUGUAUAAACCAGCUACCCCCCAGCUAGAGUUAAGCGCAGCUAGUUCAUGGGAAACCGGUGCUGAGCAUGUCGAACAACUAGCAGAAAGUAACUUAAAGCUCGAAUAUAUAAAAAAGCAUAUAAAUGAACUAAUAACAUUAGGAAAAAGUUUUGUGGAAUCUGGAGUAGAUUAUAUUGACGUAGAAGAAUUUUUGUGUAUUUGUGAAGGUGCUAAAGCUAAAUUAGAAGAGGCGUUAUUUGUUAAUGAUGAAAGUACGAGUCAAUAUAUAGGAGAUAAUGAUACAAGACUCGAAGACUUUAAAGGUCAUCUGCGAGGUGUCAUAGAAAUAGCAAAGGACUUAAACGUAGAAUCUGCUGUUGAACCAAGCUUUUGUGAUUUUUUGCAAGCAUGUGAGAAUAUUGACGAAAAGCUAAACACAGAUGUUAAAGAAAAUAAAUCUCGUUUGCAAGAAUUAGACAGCCAUAUUGACGAUGUAGUCCAAGUUACCAGUGAAUAUAAAAAGCAAGGGCUGCUAUCACCCAGUGUUGAAGAAUUUAUGAAAUCUUGUAAAGAAAUAAAGUUGAAAAUAAAGGAAUAUUCCGAACAAGAAUCUAGACUGGAUAAGAUUAAUCACCUUAAACAACAUGUUGGUGACUUGGAGGUUUUAACAGGUGAAAUGAAAAAGAAAGGCUUACAAUCGAAAAGCAUUGACAACUUCUCGAAAUCUUGUAAAAAGUUUAAAGACAAAUUAGAUAGUUAUGCAAAACCAGAAAGAAACGCUACAGAACUGAGUAGUUUGAUUGAACAAAUUGAUAAAACUAUUGGCUUGAGUAUGGAAGCAAAAGAUAUAGGUAUAGUAGGUGAUAGCAUUGAAGACUUGGUGAAAUCAUCAGAGAAGCUUAAGAAAAAGAUCACACCUGUUCAGGAUACAAAGUCAAAAAUCUUACACAGUUUAAAAAUCAAUAUUGACGACGUUAUGGGAUUGGUAGAUUCGUAUAAAACGCAAGGGUUAGUGACAGACAGCGUAGAAGACUUUUUAAAAACAUGUAAAGUGGCGAGAAAGAAAAUCGAAGGAUAUGAAAUUCUGCCCCCACGCACUGUAACAGAAGACGAACCGCCAUGCUUAGGAAGGUGUGUCAGUCGCAACGAAUCCUUCCAGACCGAAGUUAUUAUGCCAGAAGGAGUUGACGUUUGCAAAUCAUGUCACAAAAUGUACCAAAAAGAUAUACCAACACCAUGCGAGUCAUGCGCUACUGAAAUGAAGGAAUUCAAACUACCUUCCGAUUUCAGUAUUUGUGAAACCUGUUCCAAAGUAAAUGAACCAAUAGAAAUAGCCGAAAGCAUCUCAGGCACCUCUGAACACGUUCCUAUGGAGGUUUAUUGCGAUAUUUGUAAGAAAACGAUGAAAGAAGACCACGAACAUGAACCUAUUCCAGUUGACAGUAAGGCAGGGUAUUACGAAAGGAAAAUACGUAAAAUAACUAAAGUCAAAAGGUCUCAGAACCCCGAUGGAACAAUACGAGAAGAAACAGAAACAAUUUCAAUACGGAAAAUUAAAAGAGAACCAACUAAAACGUCUCUAGAAGAUGAUGAUGAAGAUGAAGUUUCUUCCGAUGAUGAAACAUGUGUUGCUGUGUGUAUUUUACAUGAUCAUAACCAACGUGGCUUUCACGCACGAUUGAUAAAGUCUGAAUCGGUGUUGAAAACUAAUCAUUCACAAAAUUCAGUCUUACGGAAUUCUAAUUCUAUUAGUACUUUGUAA